AUCCUGGCGCGUGGGCUAGCUUCAGUCGGCGACGCGAGCGGGCAGCGUGGGGGCUCCGGAGCCGGCGGCGCUAUGGAGUUCCGGCUGGAAGCGCACCGCAUCGUCAGCAUCUCGCUGGGCAAGAUCUACAGCGCGCGGGGCCAGCGCGGCGGCCUCAAGCUGCACAAGAACCUGUUGGUGUCGCUGGUGCUGCGCAGCGCCCGCCGGGUCUACCUGGGCGAGCCCGGCGGCGAGUGCGCUCUGCCGCCCCGCCCGGGCCCGCCGCCCCCGGACUGCGAGAGGCUGCGGCGCGGCUACCGCCAGCUGAACUCGGAGGCGGCGGCGCGGGGGCGGGCGGAGUGCCCGGCCGAGUCCCCCCGGAAGCGGAGCGCAGCCGAGCGGGGCCAGGCGGCGGGCUCCCCGGGGAAGAAGCCGCGGCGUGAGGCGGAGCCGCCCCCGCCGCAGGAGGACAUGGAGACCGGCAACGUGGCCAGCCUCAUCAGCAUCUUCGGCUCCGGCUUCUCGGGGCUGCUGGGCAAGGAGCGUGGCGCGGCGGAGGCGUCUGAGCCGGGGCAGGUCUGCUGUGAGCAGCCGGUGUUGCGGAGCCUCAACCCCUGGAGCACGGCCAUCGUGGCCUUCUGAGCCCCGCCGCGGACUGGCCGUGCCGGGACACCGGAGGGCUGGGACUGGCUUCCUUCCAGGCAGGCAGGAAGCUCUGGGCGACGCUGGAGACUCUUGA